AUGCCGCCCUCCCCGAAGAGACCCCGCGCGGCCGCGGCCGCCGCCUGCCCUGCCAUACUGCUGCUGCUCCUGUGCUUGGGCUGGGCGCGGGGGCACUCCCGGGGGGCGGCCGGGCUGCCCCCCAACGCCACCACGCCGAUCUCCAUCAUGGGCUUGAUGCCGCUCAGCCAGUCGGAGGAGGACCAGAAGAGCAAGAUCGGCCGGGGCGUGCUGCCCGCCGUGCAGCUGGCCAUGGAUCAGAUCCGCAACGAGUCCCUGCUCAACCCCUACUCGCUGGACCUCCGGCUCUAUGACACCGAGUGUGACAAUGCAAAAGGACUUAAAGCCUUCUAUGAUGCAAUAAAAUAUGGACCUAAUCAUCUGAUGGUUUUUGGUGGAGUAUGUGCAACAGUCACUUCUAUCAUUGCUGAAUCCCUGAAAGGAUGGAAUUUGGUUCAGCUUUCAUUUGCAGCAACAACCCCAGAGUUAGCUGAUAAGAAAAAAUAUCCUUAUUUCUUCCGGACAGUGCCAUCUGAUAAUGCAGUGAAUCCUGCGAUUUUGAAGUUACUCAAAUAUUAUCAAUGGAAGAGGGUGGGAACUCUAACCCAGGAUGUACAAAGAUUCUCUGAGGUGAGGAACGAUCUGACUGGUGUUCUGUAUGGUGAAGACAUCGAAAUUUCAGAUACUGAGAGUUUCUCCAAUGAUCCCUGCACCAAUGUCAAAAAGCUCAAGGGUAAUGAUGUUCGGAUAAUCCUUGGCCAGUUUGAUGAGCAAAUGGCAGCAAAAGUGUUCUGUUGUGCUUAUGAUGAGGAGAUGUAUGGCAGUAAAUAUCAAUGGAUCAUUCCUGGGUGGUAUGAAAGUUCAUGGUGGGAAUCUUGGAUUAAUUCUUCACAGUGUCUCAGCAAAAACCUUCUUACUGCCAUGGAAGGUUACAUUGGAGUGGAUUUUGAACCUCUCAGUUCAAAAGUGAUAAAGACCAUAUCAGGACGGACGCCACAGCAGUAUGAAAAGGAGUAUAAUGACAAACGGGGAGAUGGACAGUCCAGUAAAUUUCAUGGUUAUGCCUAUGAUGGAAUAUGGGUGAUUGCCAAAACACUGCAGCGGGCAAUGAAAUAUCUCAACACUACAAACAAACACCAAAAAAUUGAGGAUUUUAACUACACAAACCACAAACUUGGCAAAAUAUUUCUGGAUGCUAUGAAUGAAACCAACUUCUUUGGUGUAACGGGUCAAGUUGUAUUCAGAAAUGGAGAGAGAAUGGGAACCAUCAAAUUUACACAGUUUCAAGAUAGAAAGGAAGUGAAGGUGGGAGAGUAUAAUGCUGUAGCUGAUACACUGGAAAUAAUCAACAACACCAUCAGGUUCCAAGGAUUGGAGCCUCCAAAGGACAAAACAAUUAUACAAGAACAGCUGCGUAAGAUCUCCUUGCCUCUCUACAGUAUUCUUUCAGCACUCACUAUCCUAGGAAUGAUCAUGGCCAGUGCUUUUUUGUUCUUUAACAUCAAAAACAGAAAUCAGAAACUAAUAAAGAUGUCCAGUCCCUACAUGAACAACCUUAUUAUCCUUGGGGGGAUGCUUUCCUAUGCAUCUAUUUUUCUUUUUGGCCUUGAUGGAUCCUUUGUCUCUGAAAAGACAUUUGAGACACUUUGCACAGUCCGGACGUGGAUUCUUACAGUGGGCUACACAACUGCAUUUGGAGCAAUGUUUGCAAAAACCUGGAGAGUUCAUGCAAUUUUCAAAAAUGUAAAAAUGAAGAAAAAGAUCAUUAAGGACCAGAAGCUGAUGGUGAUAGUUGGAGGGAUGCUGCUGAUUGAUCUUUGCAUCUUGAUUUGCUGGCAGGUUGUGGACCCCUUGAGAAGGACAGUGGAAAAGUACAACAUGGAGCCGGACCCUGCCGGCAGAGAUAUUUCCAUUCGUCCGAUUUUAGAGCACUGUGAAAACACUCACAUGACCAUUUGGCUUGGCAUUGUCUAUGCCUACAAAGGGCUGCUCAUGUUAUUUGGUUGUUUCUUAGCAUGGGAGACUCGAAAUGUCAGCAUUCCUGCUUUGAAUGACAGCAAAUACAUUGGGAUGAGCGUAUACAACGUGGGGAUCAUGUGUAUUAUUGGAGCUGCAGUUUCAUUCCUCACUCGGGAUCAACCCAAUGUUCAGUUCUGCAUUGUUGCUUUAGUCAUUAUAUUCUGCAGUACCAUUACACUCUGCCUUGUUUUUGUACCUAAGUUAAUCACACUGAGGACAAAUCCUGAUGCGGCCACUCAGAACAGACGUUUCCAAUUCACUCAAAAUCAAAAGAAGGAAGACUCAAAAACAUCAACAUCAGUCACCAGUGUCAAUCAAGCCAGUACAUCUCGGCUAGAAGGACUGCAGUCAGAAAACCACCGCUUGAGAAUGAAAAUCACAGAGCUGGACAAAGAUUUAGAAGAGGUUACUAUGCAGCUCCAGGACACACCUGAGAAGACAACAUACAUUAAGCAGAACCACUAUCAGGAUCUUAAUGACAUCCUCAGUAUACGGAACUUUACAGACAGCAAAGAUGGUGAGAAAGCUGUUUUGAAAAAUCACCUUGAUCAAAAUCCACAAGCACAGUGGAGCACAACAGAGCCCUCCAGAACAAGCAAAGACCCUAUAGAAGACAUCAACUCUCCAGAACAUAUACAACGCCGAUUGUCUUUACAACUGCCCAUUCUUCACCAUGCCUAUUUGCCAUCCAUAGGAGGAGUUGACGCUAGCUGUGCCAGUCCAUGUGUAAGCCCCAGUGCCAGUCCUCGGCACAGACACGUGCCACCAUCUUUUCGAGUGAUGGUUUCUGGACUGUAG